UAAAUGUGUUAAAAAAGAAACCAAUAGAAAAAAAUAAGGAAACGCACAUCAAAAGACAGAAACGAUAAUCAAUGCCAAAAUACGACAGUCUGGGCCAAAAUAUUACAAUCUAGACCAAAAUACGAUAAUCUAGGACCAAAAUACGACCAAAAUAUGACAAGCUACCCCCAAAUAUGCUAACCUAUGCCAAAACACGACAAUAUAGGUCAAAACACGACAAUCCAGUGCCAAAACAUGACCAAAAACUGACAAUCUGGGCCGAAAUCCGACAAACUAGGGCAAAGUACGACAAUCUUGACCAUCGGCGUACGAGAUUAACCGUUGUAAACACUUCAGUGGCGACCUGACAGUGAGAGGGAGAGGAUGUGUCGCUCCCGCCUCUCGUGUACCUCAUCAUGGCCGUGGAGGAGUGAAUUAUAGACAAAAAAAUAAGAAAAAGUGUUCCAAGUGUUGCGCGGAGUGAUAAAUAGCGUGAGUGUUGCGGGAGAGAAGAGUUAAGCGGGUAUUGUUUUCUCACGGACAUAUUUGGAUUCUAACGGACACUUGCGGACACAUUUUUGGAUACCUUAACGGACACAUUAUCCGCAGUCUUCUUCGUGGAGUUAAGGAAGAGGAAGAGGAGGAGGAAGGAAUAAAGGAAGGAAGAGAGAGAAAAAGUGAUAAAGAAGAAAGUGAAAGUGACGAACGAAAAAAAAAUAAGAGAAAAAAAGUUGAAAAAAUAUAUAUUGUGAGGGAGAGAAAGAGAUAGAGAGAAGUUGUUUGUACGUGUGUGUGUUUGUGUGUGCGUACUAUAUAUAAAGUGUCAUGUGUACUGAUUUCCGUGUGCGUUUCUUAUAAGUGAUCUCUGAAACUACUACUACUACUACUACUGUUAUAAGUGAAUCGAUUGAAAAGGAAGUAGAAAAAGUUUUGAAGUGAAGAAAAAUAUCGUGGAAUUACUACUACUACUACUACUACUACUACUAUGAUAACAACGAAAAUAGUAACAGUAAUAGUAUCAAAAAACAACAACAGAAAGAACAACAAGGAAAACACUAUCUGAGAACACUACUACUACUACUACUACUCCUACUACUACUACUACUACUACUACUACUGCUACUACUACUACCGCCAUGUCGCCAGCUGGGGUGUUCAGUAGAUCCCCAGAGCCGCACCCCGCCCCCCCCUCCUGAACCCGCCCCCCAACCGCCCCCCCGCCGAAAUAAUGGGUGUAAGGGUGUGGGCGUGGGUGUGGGUGUGGGUGGGGUGUGUUGGCCACGCCCUCGCCAUGCCUGUGUCUGAAGAUGGGCUAGGCGGCGGCGGCGGGGAGGAUCGGGCUUGGUCUGGGCGUGACUUCGUGUUGGCGGGCUUGGGCGUGGCCAGCCUGCUCACCACCGUCACCUCCCUGCUGGCCUGUAUCUGCUGCAAGCGGUCCAGGGGGUUCAAGGAGUUGGGAUCCGUCUCGUCGCGCGUGGCUGGCAGCACCUCCACGCUCACGCCGGGGCCACGGGAGGAGAUCACGCUAUUCCCACCAGCAGGCCUCUCCGUCUCCUCCACGCAGAUCAACUUCGAACCGCUUCCUGACAUACGCCCGCGCCCCUCCGCCCUGGGCCACCACCCCCGUCCCCCCGCCGACCGCACGCUGCCUCCCUUCUUCCCCGCACGCCCCCCUGCCCACGCCGCCUCCUCCCCCACCGCCGCCGCCGCCACCCCAGCUGACGAGUGGUUCGCCGAACCUCACCAGAACUUCCCUCGCAACCAACUUCAGUAUGUGAGAGAGCUUGGACGAGGAUGGUUUGGACAGGUUCUGGAGGGUCAGGCGGCGGGUGUUUACAGCGACCACACGAAGGGCGAGUCCCCCGUCGGCACAGCGCAGGGAUGGGACAGCACCAAUGGCAGCACCGGCAGGAAGGUCAGCAGCAGCACCAGCCUGACCCCUGUGGCGGUGAAGGUGCUGAGGGAGGACGCAACACCCCAGGAGCAACACUACUUCCUGCAGGAGCUCCGGCCCUUCAGACACCUCUCACACCCCAAUGUGUUGAAGGUGCUGGCCUAUUGUCUGGAGGCCGAGCCGUUCCUCAUCCUCCUGCAGCUGUGUCCAAAGGGUGACCUCAAGGCCGUGCUGAGAGGGGACGGCAGCCUCAGCGAAGUGUCCCUCCUGCGCAUGACUCUGGACGUGGCGGCAGGACUCACACACAUGCAUACACACAGCUUCAUACACACGGACUUAGCGGCGAGGAACUGUGUGGUUGAAGCGGACAACACCAUCAAGAUAGGCGACUACGGCUUCAGCUUAGACUCCUACAAGGAGGAGUAUUACUGUGCCGGGGAGGUGGCGCUGCCCCUGCGAUGGUGCUCCCCAGAGACUCUACGAUGCACAGACACGACCAUAGAGACCAAAGAGGUGACCCAAGCCGCCAAUGUGUGGAGCUUUGGUGUGGUCAUGUGGGAGGUGGCCAGCCGAGGUCAGCUGCCCUACAUCCACCUGGACAACGAGCAGGUCAUUCAGGAGGUCAUCGUGGACCAGACCUGCAAACUUGACCUGCCACCCAAUCAACAGCUCCAUGCCGAGAAACUCCACGACAUCAUGCGUCAAUGCUGGGAGGGAGCCGCGAGCCGCCCAUCCAUGGCCCACAUCCACUCCCUCCUGGCCCACCUCUGGCAGCACACCACAGCCUCUGCCAGCACCCCUCAGCAGGACACAGCCUCUCUGGGGGACUUCGAACAGCGGUGGAACCAGUUACAGCAACAGGACUCCCGGGACCACAGCAUCCUACACACCUCGGGGAACAUGACCAAUCUGAGGUUCGAGAGUGACUUCAACCUGUCAUCCGCCAUGUCCCCAAGCCUACAGAACCUCCACGGGUCGGCCGAGGACCUGGACGCGAGGGUUGCCGCCAAAUUCAAGUCCGCGUUUCCGUCCUGGCUUGGCGUGGAGCCCGGCCAGCCCAUCGACAGCCUCACGCAAGAGAUCACUGACGCCAUACUCAAACUUGACGAUUAUCUGGCCGGCGAAAAGUCCGAGCCUAGCACCGCAGACGCCUCGCCGGAGAAAGCGAACGGCGGGGUCAACUUCAGGGUCGGGAAAGACUCGUUCGUCUCCAACCCGCCUGAGUCGAUCGCGGCACGGAUGGGGGCUCUCGGCGAAGGGGGACACUGUAGCAUCUCUGGGACCCUAUCGGAGGAGGAAGAGGAGGGGUUCACCAUGCGACUCGAGCAGGGAGAGUUCACGGAGAUGGUACGACUUAAGAGCCAGAGCGUACAGGACUUCAUGCGGUUGACGGUGGUUGACGAUACGAGCGAUUCCGACUCGGCUAGUCAGCGUAACUCUAUAGGUUUCGAGCCACUGACGCAGGACAAGACAUAUUCCAGCGAGGGGAACAUCAAGGAAGCGCUUCGUGAUGUAAAGUUUAUGGGGGAGCUUGAGAGACUUCAGGCGGAACAUCGGUACUCAAUCAUCACUGAGGCGAGUCGUGAGUGUGCCUCGUCGAUUGAGUACAGGAACCAGAGCCUGGGUGAGGGAAUAAGGGAGGAGGAGGAGGAGAAGGAGGAGGAGGAGAAGUACAGGAACAAGAGGCAUAGUGAAGGACUGGAGGAGGAGAGGAAAUUGAGAGAGAGAGAACAUAGCAACCAUAGUCUUCGUGAAUUACAACAGAAGAACAGACAUAAAGAAGAGGAGGAAGAGGAGGAGAAAUACAUGAACCAAAGAGGACAAAAGAAGAGGAAAGAGGAGGAAGAGGACUCACACACACACUCGCAGACAGGCUCCACCGACAAACUGCUUCCCGAUUGCGAUUCCGAGCUCAGCGAACGGGAGCCUUUUUUAGGUGAAGUGAUCUCCUCUGAGGACGCGGAGGAGACGAUCACCAAAACAAGCGACUCGGAAACCCGGCAGACCGACCCCAAGCCACUCCCAGCCUCCCCGGACUGCGUGGUGUCAUCCCGAGAACCCAAACCGGCGACGCUCCCCGAUAUCGUUGCCCACAAUCGGGACUCCAGCCUGGCGCAGUCCACCCCUUCGCCGCCACCCAGUCCGUCAUCUCUCACCCAUAUCCAGGCGUCCCAUUCACAACCUAAGGAGUUUCGGUUUAUUUUCAGUGAGGAGUCGACCGGUAGCCUCGAGAAAGGUUUUACGGAUGCGUCUACAGAAGCGACGUCAAUCGUGUUUAGCGACAAUAUUAACGAGGAAAAGACUGAUGAAGGGUCAGUGUAUGGCUCUCAGAAAGGUGCCAAACGAGUGCCUGGUAUCCAAGGUGCCUCAUCAGUUUCACCAGCAGCAGAAGAGUGGGUCAAGGACAGCGAUUUCAGUGCCACAGCGACCCAGAGACAUGCAUCGCCACCUGUCAUUUUUUCCAUACAUCAAAAGCGUGCUACAGACAGGCUCACCAGCACCCCUUGUAAGGCAGAAGACCCCACCACCACUGAGGAAGGAAGGGAAGGGAGUGAGUCAAGGUUUUACGAUGAGUUGAGUCGUGAGUUUGGCGACAAGGGAAGCGAGUCACGGCUGUAUUUCGAGGGUAUGAGUAAGGGUGAGUUUGGCGACACUGCAUCUGAACUGUCUCUGGGAAGUCGCAGUGAUAGGGAUGGUAAACAGAGGCUGGUUUUUGGCACGAGUUUCGAUGAGGGAGAAAGGAGAGGAACCAGUGACCAAGAGGUAUAUGAAACAGGCUCUCAUAAUGUCUUUAGCACAAGGUAUGAGGGAGGAAACACACCCACAAGCAAGGAGAAACAUGAGGGAGACUUACCGGUUAUUGAAGCUAAACAGAGGCUGGUCUUUGGCACAAGUUACGAGGGAGAGAAAAGCUUAAUUGACAAAGAUGAAAUUGAGGAAAACUUGCGCGAUAAAGAAACGAACCUGGAAACUAAGCAGAGAAUGAUCUUUGGCACAAGUUACAAGGAGGACAGACCCACUAACAAGGCAGAAGAACACAAGGAAGAGGAGGAGGAGGAGGAGAAGGACGAGGACGCAUCACCCGGCAUAAGACUCGUUGGAGGGGACGGUAACCUGCCAAGCUACACCCCAGAACAAAUCGUCACCGGGGAAGACAUCGUGAUCGGACCUUCCGAGGACUACUCCCUGGACCUUUACCGGGCCGUCAAGUCCACUGAAGGUCCACCGGGGAGUCCAGGAAUAGACGUACUCCCCUCCGACCCCCACAGAAAGUCCAGCUCAGAAAUGGGUGCAAUAGAAUUCGACCUCGACCAGUGGGAUAAGUUUCUCGGCAAGACCCUGAGCCGCGAGAACUCUCACUCAGACCCCGGCUUCAUGGAGGGUCUCAUGGGGGAGGAGGAGGGUCUGGGCGGAGGUGUGGUCAAUCAGGCUUUAGCAGUGGACUUUAAUGUACUCGAAAACCACAUUGACGGUCGGGGAAAUAGCUCGUCGUCGGACCUCUCAAGCUUCGUGAGUCCGGUCUUCUAUAGCAUGAAGGAGGAGUUGAAGAGCAGUCCGGCAUUUGAGGACUUGGGAAAUGGCAAGUCGGUCUCUGUGCCGAGUUUCAAGGAGGACCGAGACAUGGGUUUCGAUCCCAUUCGUAAGCCUAGCGGAGUGUUGAAUCAUGUUAGUUUAGGUUCAGCACACAGCACAGAGGAUUCAUACAACACAGCAGCCUCUAAAUUCCCCUCCCCGGCUGAUGGCAACACUGACGCAGCUUCCACAUUCAACAACAGUAACAACAACAACACCGGUGGAGGUUUCAAUCCCUUUACCACAAGCUCAGAAGGGGAUUCGUACACCACAACAGCAGAUGGCAACACUGACACAACCCCUACACACAACAACAGCAACAAAAACAACAACAACAUCAGUGGAGGCUUCAAUCCCUUUACCACAACCUCCACCGAAGAAUCUAACACCACAACAUCAGAUCGUAACUCCAGCAAACCCACACUCAACAAUAACUACAACAACAGCCACCCCAGUACCUCCCCCAGGGUCGUGAGGUCAGAGGGAGUGAUGGAGGAGUCUUUCUCUCUCUCCCCUGAUACAACAUGGGGCGAAAUUGAUACCUCUGGUCUCCCUACGUACAGAAAGGAAGCCUCGAUCGAUACCUCAUUUGACAAGCCACUGAGCGCAAGCCUCGGGGACUUACUCGGGGAAACGCUGAGUGGGGAAACAGGUCAGAGGUCAAACAUUACUGACCCAGCCGCAUAUGACACCCUGGACUCAGCGAUCACCAGAAAGGAAGGUCCGAUCGACACCUCAUUUGACAAGCCUCCCGCAAGCCUCGUCGAGUUGCUGGAGGAAGCGCUGAGUGAGGGAACAGGUCAGAGGUCAGGGGGUAUUGCUGACCUAUCCACCACAGACCUCUCCCCGCAAGACACAGUUGACUCAGCGAUCUAUUCUGCCAGUAGUUUGAGCUCGUCCUACAUAGAGAAUUUGAAAGGGGAGAAGUGUCCUGAUAACCUUAUGACGGACUCUCAAGAAUCAGAUGCCCCAACCAAGCCCGGGCAAGCUGUGGAUGAUUUAAGCAACCAAGACUUCACCACAACUAAGCCAGGGCAAGCUGUGGAUGAUUUAAGCAACCUAGACUUCAUCACAACCAAACCAGGGCAAGCUAUCGAUGAAUCCAGCAACCGAAACCUCACCGCAACCAAACCAGACCAAGCCAUUAACCUAGACUCCACCACAACCAAACCAGACCAAGCUAUCGAUGAAACCAGCACCCAGAACCUCUCUACAACCAAACCAGACCAAACCAUUAACCUGGACUCCACCACAAGCAAACCAGAUCAACCACAAGAUGAAACCACCAACCAUAACCUCACCCAAACCUCACCGAAAAACAACCUUAAUUUCCACAUCCCCAGUGCCUUAGAAUUCACCCCCGACACCUCAAACUCGAACUUGUUAAUCCAGAGCGACGAUGACCUAUCCCCGAGCGCCUACCACAGCAGCUGGACCUCAGACGGGGCACCGGGGACAGACGAGACGGAGAACGGGGCAUUUUGGGAGCAGCAGAUGGCGGCCUGGCAAGCGGCGGCGUUCCAGACCCGCCAGCUACUCCAGGAGGCGGCUGGGCGUGGCGGGGAAGAUGAGGAGAGCGGGGACAUCAUGGCGGCUGGUCUAGAAGGCGAGGGAGAGGAGGAAGAGGUUAGUCCACGUAGCAUGACCUCCUCCUCGCCUCCGAAAAGCCUCUCGUCCUCCGGUGACCUCCUGCAAAUCGACGGAGAAGGUUCCUACGUCUCCUACAACACCACUGACGAGGAGGAGGUUCUAGGAUACCGCCCGGAGGAUAUCAGUGCCUUGAGGGCGGAACUGAGCCUGAAACUCGAUGCUGGACUGGCGGAGGAGGAGGAGCAGGAGCCGGAGGAACCUGAGGACUCACUAGAAAGCCGGGAAAGUGUCGUGAUAAACUACCGGGGGAUUCUGGCGUCAACGCUGUCCCCGAUCAAGGAGGAAAGCUUCUUGGAGGAAGACGAGAGCUUCAGCAGACGGGGGAGUCGGGCGGGAGUGUCCACGGGGGAGGGAGAACCUGGUAAUGACUGUAGCAUUGAGUUUGAGGAGCCAGAGAGUGACAAAGCCCUCGGAGACACGUUUACCAUACCCAAUACCAGUGCCAUGGAUCUCCCAGUGCCAGAUGCAACCCCAGGCACUCAGGACAGCCGUGAAGUGCCGGUUGAGAGCACGCAUGAUAGCCUGAUACUUGAGGACUUGGAUGAGGAGGACGGACCAGCCUCCAUACAGAUAUACAACGAAGGGUUUGGUCAUGAGGCGGAGGACAUACUUGUAGUGAACACGGAGACGAACGAGGCCACGAUUCUUGACCAGGGGCUCCCGAGAAGCCACUUAGCGUUCGUUCUCGAGCAGGAGACGCCCUCGGAGACCUCACCGUUACACCCCUAUGGCUUCGAGGACACGGAUGACGUAGCGUACGAGUCUAUACCAUCAGAGGACUGUCGCUCACUCCACAAGCUACACAAGCCUUCGAGUGGCAUCCCGCAUGAGACCAAAACAUCCGAUAUCACUUCAUCUUCAGCGGAGUUUAUCACGAACACGGACACGGAGAUUGAGUCCCCGGCAGGCAUCCAGGUCCCGGCCUACCACUCGUACUUCACCUCCGCUCUCAGCAGCAUCAGCCACCCCAGCGCGAGUCUCGAGGAGCCUGUGAUGUUCGAACAGGUGGAGCAAAUAUCUUUACCGUACGAUGUGAACUACCCACCACCGACACCACUAGAGGAAGAGGAAGAUGAGGAGGAGUUGCAUAGCUUAGAAGACGUACAGGAACAGGAGAAAGGCGACAAUUCCAAUGGCCAAAAUAUCAGCGAGAUCGAGGAUGACGAAGACACAACCCCAAUCAAACUAAGCUUCCUAGGGAGGCUCUACUCGGACGACUCGGAGGAGAAGGAGGACUCGCAGCGGACCCACCGAGGGGAGAGGGAGGCGAAGCUGCUCUCGGACUCUGAGGGCGAGGAGAGUCCCAAGAAGAAGGGGAGGAAGGUUGCCAUGAAGAGUAAGGGCCCAGCGACCACUCUCACCCGGAUGACCUCGGCGGAAUUUUUGGCCUCGGAGAAAUACCAGACUGACGACACGGAGGAAGUCGAGGAACAGAUCACAGCCGAGCCAGACUCCGAGGACAAUUCCGAGGAGGACAAGAGCCCCGCGGCGAGUCCCCAGAAGGGUGGCGGGGAGAGUCCGGCCUCACAGGAGCCCCGCUACACCCCGGACUGGGAGAGCGACUCGGACAGCGACGGAGACAGCUCAUCCACCAGCGGAGAGUUCAUGUGGCGGGAGGAGGAGGAGAAGGAGAAGAACAAAACUGUAGAGGAGGAGAAGCCCGGGGAGCCUUGCCAGCCGUCCCCAUACAUCCUGGACAUCAUCGAGGAGGAGCCAGACGAGGAUGGGGAGCGCGAGGAUGGAGAGUUCUCGGAGGACUCGGAAAGCGGCGAGGAGGAGUUCACGCCCUCACAGUGGAACUCCAACCUCACCCCCUCACACUCCCUGCUCAAGAGUCCGCAGAAUAAGUCCAGCCUGAAGAAGCGAGUGCGUUGGAAGAGGCAGCGUCACCACCGCGUGUAUGAGUACCCCCCUGAGCCACGGUCCUGGGAGCAGCACGCCUUCACGGAGCCACAGUACAGGCGAUCAUGGGGAAGGUCAUCUGUAGACUACCUCAAUCUGGCAGACUGGGACUUGGGCGCGGACGAGUUCAUUGCCGACGACGGUGAGGACAUGGAGGACUACGUGUACCACAAGCCCUCGCGCCCCGCCCCCCCGCCCCCCAUCUACAGCCUGGGCCCCAUGACCUACGACGAGGCGACUGAAGGCUUCCUCGUGGACAACGGCGAGUUUUUCAUCCGCUCAUCCGGGUCCCCAUUCACCUUCACCCGCUCCUCCUUCUCCGCCGCCGACUUCUUCCCGACCUCCAGCCAUUCCUCGGACUACGACAUGCUCUUCACCAACACAACCCAGACCCCAGGCGUGCCGUACCCACCCCCCAAGGCACCAGAGCAACCCGAGGACACCCAAGGGGAUCUUCUGUACCCCAGCGAGCCAGACAGACACCCUGAGGAGGAUAUACAAGCUGGGAGUGCCGCACAAGAGGACGGCGAGGCUGGGGGUAGCGGGGUCAGUCUCGGCGAACUGCGACACACCAGGGACAAGUUACGUCUGGAGAUUCCUUCCAUGAGCGUCGCGGGGGAGUCUUCCGGUGGUGGUGAUGGUGUUGAGAAUGGUGGUGAUGGUGAUGGUGGUGUGGAUUUCGGCAAGCAGAGUUACGUUCUUAUGAAUCAUGCCGGGAGAGUUGAACCGGAAGUGAGUGAAGUUUGAGAAUGGUGACGAUGAUAGCGAUGAUGAUGAUAUUGAUAGUGACAGGAAAGAGUGAGGUUUGAACGAUGAUAGAAGUGAUAGUGUGGGUCAAAUAUUAAUGAUGGUGAGAGUGAAAGUGAUAGGAAACAGUGAAUUUUGAAUAUGGUUUGAAAGAUGAUAGUGACGAUGAUGGUGGUGAUGGUGAAAGGGAAGAAGGUGGUUUUGAAUGUGGGUUAAAUGAUGAUAGGAGUGAUAGUGUGGGUCUGAUAAUAAUGGUGAGGGUGAAAGAUAGUGAAGAUGAUGCAGAUUAUAGUGAAAGAAGGUGUUUUCAGUAUGGGUUGAAAGACGAAAGUGAAGAUGAUGCUGGUAACAGUGAAAGGUGUUUUGAAUAUGACUUAAAAGAUGAUAGUGAAAGAAGGUGGUUUGAAUAUGAGUUUAAAAAAAUGAUGCAGAUGAUAGUGAAAGGUGGUUUGAAUUUGAGUUAAAAAAUGAUAGUGAGGAUGAUGAUGACGAUGAUAGUGACAGGGUAUGUGUGUCACCUUCCUUAUUUAAUGACCAAGCAAGCACAAAGAUAAUGAAUGACCUUACACAAAGAAACACCAGAAAAAAAACCAAGAAUGAGCUUUUUUGAUAUCUUAACCUAAUAUCUCAGGACACGCAAUUUAUCAUGUGUUACAGAUGUUAUGUGUUAUUAUUAUUAUUAUUAUUAUUAUUAUUGUUGUCAAACUGAGGAGUGGGAGAUAUUUUGUUUUUUGGCACAAGGAGGGAUAAGAGAAAAAGUAUAAACACUUGUAAAUCUAUAAGUAACGGAAUCUUAGAAAUACUGAUAAUUUUGAUGGCACAAGGAAUGAAGGAAAGGGAAAGUAUAAGUGCUUGUAAAUCUAUAAGCAC